AUGAUCCUCAUCAUGUUCCUCCUCUUCCUCUCAGCAUCAUCAUCACCACCAGACAUCCUGUCCCCUGUAGACGCGCUGUACCAGGUCAAGGUAACCCAGGUGGCUGCGGGAUUCUCGCAUGCAGCCUGCGUAACCGACGGCGGCUUGCUGUACCUUUGGGGCUUCGGAGCAUACGGGCAGCUGGGCUUUGGCUUCGACGACCUGAGGUCCUCCGCCCGCUUGGGUGCGGGAUGGAGCGCGACGAAGCUGGGUGGAGGCAAAGCUGCCCGCGACCCAGGGUCAGCAGGCUUUGCGAGCACUGGGCAGUUCCAGCCCUGGCAGCAGGUCUGGCCAAGGCGGUGCUUGAGGGGACCCUUCCGCAAAAGGGCUUGCGUCAGCGUGCGCUGCGGCGCCUAUCACACCAUUGCGCAGGCGUCAACGCAGGCGUUGAGCAAGCACGCGCUGAAAGAGUCCGAGGUACUUUGUCCGCUGCCCCUGGAGCUUAGCGAUCUUCCAGCGGGCUUUGCCCCUGAGGAGCCGGCAGAUCACAUCCUGCCACCUGGCGCUGGCCUGGUCGAGUGUCCCCGGCCCGUGCUGCGAAGCACAGGAGGGCCCAGGCCCAGCGACAUUUUCCGCACUUUGUCUAGCCUCUUCUGGGACACCAAGGCGCCCGAGCAGAAGCCGGAUUCUGCCCCGCGCGGCGCGCCCCUGCCGAACUGUGCCAAGGACGGGGCAUGGCGUCGGGCGCUACAGACUGCACCCACAUCCACUAGGGAGAUGCCGGAGCACCCACUGCUGACUGCGGAGCACGCGACGACCCCGAAGCGGGCCUCGCGCUUGGAGCCCCUGCCACUGCCGGGGCCUGGUGGCAUCGCGGACAUCGACUGGCCUGGAAGCAACAUGUCUGCAGAGUUGGCAGAGGAGAUCGCCGCGCGCGAUGCUGAGGAUGUCAUCGAGCAGGCGGACGGCGGACCAGGGCUGCGCAGUGGCAGGACUGGGACAUGA